GUCUGUGCACAGCCCAGACCUGCUCCCGCUGUGCCCAGGAGCAGGAAUACUACAGAGCUUACCAGCACCAUCCAAGCCCAUUCCUCUCCACAGCCAAUCUGCAGAGCCCAGACCUGCCCGAAGGUGGUGCCAUGGCAGCAGUGACCCAGGCCUUCCUCCUGGGACUAGCAGGCCUGCCCUCCACAGAAGCCAUCGACCUGUUUGAGAAGGAGAGUCCCUUCUACUACGACUGGGAGAGCCUGCAGCUGGGUGGCAUGAUCUUCGGGGGGCUCCUGUGCAUCGCCGGAAUCGCCUGGGUCUUGAGUGGCAAAUGCAAGUGUAAGCGGAACAAGGGACACAGCCCCCUACCCAAGAAGGGCACUUCAGUCCUCAUGCCAGGUGUCAGUGCCUGCUGAGGACCAGCCUGGUGGGACUCAUUGCCCACAGCCUCACUCCCGGCUCCCUCCCAGGAUGGCCUGGUCCCUUCUGGAGCUCAUGUAUCUAUUAAACAGUCUCUCCACCUCA